ACCUGCCAGUCUGCUCGCCAUGGCAGCGGCGGCAGCAUCCCCGCCAGCAUCCCCGCCAGCCAGCGGUGGCGGCGGUGGCGUCCACGGCCGCCGCUGAUGCUAUUGUUCCCUAGUGUUAGUUGCUCUUUGGCUGCUUUUCAUCUGGAGCGAACAAUAGGAGCAGCGAGAGCUUUGCUUUCUCUACUGGUGGAGAAGGAAGGACCGUCCCCUGCGAGAGUGGUGCGGCUCCGGAGGCUGGAGCGGCUGCGGACAGCAUGGGGUUGGGAGCCGGGCGCCUGGAGUCCCCGAGCCGGGGCGUCCUGCAGCUGCUGAGGUUGCCACUGCUCUUGCUACUCCUGCUGAGCUCUGGAGCCCGCGGGGCUGCGGCGCAGGGAGACACCGAGGUGCCCACCCUCUAUCUGUGGAAGACGGGUCCCUGGGGACGGUGCAUGGGCGAUGACUGUGGACCGGGUGGCAUCCAGACUCGGGCUGUGUGGUGUGCUCACGUGGAAGGCUGGACAACGUUACAUACGAACUGCAAGCAGGCUGUGAGACCAAGUAACCAGCAAAAUUGUUUCAAAGUGUGUGACUGGCACAAGGAGUUGUACGACUGGAGGCUGGGACCCUGGGAUCGGUGUCAGCCUGUGAUUUCGAAAAGCCUCGAGAAAGCACGAGAAUGCGUGAAGGGGGAGGAAGGCAUCCAGGUGAGAGAGAUAAUGUGCAUCCAGAAGGACAAGGACAUUCCGGCAGAGGACAUCAUCUGCGAGUACUUUGAACCGAAGCCCCUCCUGGAACAGGCCUGCCUCAUCCCUUGCCAGAAAGACUGCAUCGUGUCCGAGUUCUCGCCCUGGUCCGAGUGUUCCAGGACCUGUGGCAGUGGCCUGCAGCACCGCACGAGGCACGUGGUUGCACCGCCACAGUAUGGAGGCUCUGGCUGUCCCAACCUCACCGAGUUUCAGGUGUGCCAGUCCAACCCCUGCGAGGAGGAUGAGAGCUUGUAUAGCUUGCAGGUGGGGCCCUGGAGCGCAUGCUCAGUACCACACUCACGGCAAGCCAGGCAAGCCAGGCGUCGUGGCAAGAACAAGGAGAGGGAAAAGGAGAGAGGAAAAGCAGUGAAGGACCCAGAGGCCCGUGAGCUCAUCAAGAAGAAGAGAAACAGAAACAGACAAAACAGACAGGAGAACAGAUACUGGGACAUCCAGAUUGGCUAUCAGACCCGGGACGUGAUGUGCUUAAACAGGACUGGGAAAUCUGCAGACCUCAGCUUUUGCCAGCAAGAGAGACUGCCCAUGACCUUCCAGUCCUGCGUGAUCACCAAAGAGUGCCAGGUGUCUGAGUGGUUGGAAUGGAGCCCAUGUUCAAAAACAUGCCACGAUGUCACCUCUCCUACAGGCACUCGAGUAAGGACAAGGACCAUCACGCAGUUUCCGAUUGGAAGCGAGAAGGAGUGUCCAGCGCUGGAGGAGAAGGAGCCCUGUUUGUCUCAGGGAGAUGGAGCUGUCCUCUGUGCUACGUAUGGCUGGAGAACUACAGAGUGGACAGAGUGCCACGUGGACCCUUUGCUUAGUCAGCAGGACAAGAGGCGUGCCAACCAGACAGCCCUCUGUGGAGGUGGUAUCCAGACCAGGGAAAUAUACUGCGUACAAACCAACGACAACCUGCUCUCCCAUGUAAAUACACAGAAAGACAAAGAAGCUUCAAAACCAGUGGACUCAAAAUUAUGCACUGGUCCUGUUCCUAACACCACACAGUUGUGCCACGUUCCUUGUCCAAUUGAAUGUGAGGUUUCGCCUUGGUCAGCCUGGGGACCAUGCACUUUUGAAAACUGUAAUGACCAGCAAGGCAAGAAAGGAUUCAAAUUAAGGAAGCGGCGCAUUACUAAUGAGCCUACUGGAGGUUCUGGGGCAACUGGAAACUGCCCUCACUUAUUGGAAGCCAUUCCCUGUGAAGAGCCAUCCUGCUAUGACUGGAAAUCAGUCAGACUCGGAGACUGUGAACCAGAUAAUGGAAAAGCCUGUGGGCCUGGCACUCAAGUUCAAGAGGUCGUGUGCAUCAACAGUGAUGGAGAAGAAGUGGACAGACAGCUCUGUAGAGAUGCAAUCUUUCCUAUCCCUGUGGCCUGUGAUGCCCCAUGCCCGAAGGACUGUGUACUCAGUGCGUGGUCCUCGUGGUCCUCCUGUUCACAUACCUGCUCUGGGAAAACCACAGAAGGGAAACAGAUCCGAGCUCGGUCAAUUCUGGCCUAUGCAGGUGAAGAAGGUGGAAUUCAUUGCCCUAACAGCAGUGCUUUGCAAGAGGUGCGCAGCUGCAAUGAGCAUCCUUGCACUGUGUACCACUGGCAAACUGGUCCCUGGGGUCAAUGCAUAGAGGACACGUCGGUGUCAUCCUUCAAUACGACUACGACAUGGAAUGGGGAGGCCUCAUGUUCUGUUGGCAUGCAGACACGCAAAGUCAUCUGUGUGCGAGUCAACGUGGGCCAAGUGGGACCUAAGAAGUGUCCUGAAAGCCUGCGGCCUGAAACAGUGAGACCCUGCUUGCUUCCUUGUCGGAAGGACUGUAUCGUGACUCCAUACAGUGACUGGACUCCAUGUCCCUCUUCAUGCAGAGAAGGAGACUCUGGAGCCAGGAAGCAGUCUCGACAGCGAGUCAUCAUUCAGCUGCCAGCCAACGGUGGCAAGGAAUGCUCAGAUCCACUAUAUGAAGAGAAGGACUGUGAAGCCCCUCCCACAUGUCACAGCUACAGGUGGAAGACACACAAAUGGCGCAGGUGCCAGUUAGUUCCUUGGAGCAUUCAACAGGAUGUCCCUGGAGCACAGGAAGGCUGCGGGCCUGGGCGGCAGGCAAGAGCCAUUACUUGUCGAAAGCAAGAUGGAGGGCAGGCUAGCAUCCAGGAGUGCCUCCAGUAUGCAGGCCCUGUGCCAGCCCUGACCCAGGCUUGCCAGGUCCCCUGCCAGGAUGACUGUCAAUUUACCAGCUGGUCCAAGUUUUCUUCAUGCAACGGAGACUGCGGUGCAGUUAGGACCAGAAAGCGUGCUAUUGUUGGAAAAAGUAAAAAGAAGGAAAAAUGUAAAAACUCUCAUUUGUACCCUCUGAUCGAGACCCAGUAUUGUCCCUGUGACAAAUAUAAUGCACAGCCGGUGGGGAACUGGUCAGACUGUAUUUUACCGGAAGGGAAGGCUGAGGUGCUGCUGGGAAUGAAGGUACAAGGCGACAGCAAGGAAUGUGGGCAAGGAUACCGUUACCAAGCGAUGGCGUGCUACGAUCAAAAUGGCAGACUUGUGGAAACAUCGCGAUGCAACAGCCAUGGUUACAUAGAGGAGGCUUGCAUCAUCCCCUGUCCCUCAGACUGCAAGCUCAGUGAGUGGUCCAACUGGUCCCGCUGCAGCAAGUCCUGUGGCAGUGGAGUGAAGGUCCGGUCCAAGUGGCUGCGUGAAAAGCCUUAUAACGGAGGAAGGCCUUGCCCCAAACUGGACCAUGUCAACCAGGCGCAGGUGUACGAGGUUGUCCCGUGCCACAGUGACUGCAACCAGUACAUAUGGGUCACAGAGCCGUGGAGUGUGUGCAAGGUGACCUUUGUGGACAUGCGAGACAACUGUGGAGAAGGUGUGCAGACCCGAAAAGUGAGAUGCAUGCAGAAUACAGCAGAUGGCCCUUCUGAACAUGUGGAGGAUUACCUGUGUGACCCAGAAGAUAUGCCCUUGGGCUCUAGAGAGUGUAAACUCCCAUGCCCCGAGGACUGUGUGAUAUCUGAAUGGGGACCGUGGACACAGUGUGCUUUGCCUUGCAAUCCAAGUGGUUCGAGGCAGAGGUCAGCCGAUCCCAUCAGACAGCCUGCUGAUGAAGGAAGAGCCUGCCCUGAUGCUGUGGAGAAAGAGCCCUGUAACCUGAACAAAAACUGUUACCACUAUGACUAUAAUGUCACAGACUGGAGUACGUGUCAGCUGAGCGAGAAGGCGGUUUGUGGGAAUGGCAUUAAAACAAGAAUGUUGGACUGUGUUCGAAGUGAUGGCAAGUCUGUUGACCUAAAGUACUGUGAAGAGCUUGGGCUGGAAAAGAAUUGGCAAAUGAACACAUCCUGCACAGUGGAAUGCCCUUUGAACUGUCAGCUUUCUGACUGGUCUCCUUGGUCAGAAUGUUCUCAAACAUGUGGACUCACAGGAAAAAUGAUACGAAGAAGAACUGUAACCCAGCCCUUUCAAGGUGAUGGGAGACCCUGCCCUUCUCUGAUGGAACAGUCCAAGCCUUGCCCAGUAAAGCCAUGUUAUCGGUGGCAAUAUGGCCAGUGGUCUCCAUGCCAAGUUCAGGAGGCUCAGUGUGGAGAAGGAACCAGGACACGGAAUAUUUCCUGUGUUGUGAGUGAUGGCUCAGCUGAGGAUUUCAGCAAAGGGGUGGAUGAAGAGUUCUGUGCGAACACUGAGCUCAUCAUAGAUGGUAAUAAACGAAUAGUUCUGGAGGAAACCUGCACCCAGCCCUGCCCAGGUGACUGUUAUUUGAAUGACUGGUCUUCAUGGAGUCUGUGUCAACUGACCUGUGUAAAUGGUGAGGAUCUUGGCUUUGGUGGAACACAGGUCCGGUCCAGAGCAGUGAUUAUACAAGAACUGGAGAAUCAACACCUAUGUCCAGAGCAGAUGUUAGAAACAAAAUCAUGUGAUGAUGGACAGUGCUACGAGUACAAGUGGGUGGCAAGUGCUUGGAAGGGCUCCUCUCGGACCGUCUGGUGCCAAAGGUCAGACGGCGUAAAUGUAACAGGGGGCUGCUUGGUGGGGAGCCAGCCUGAUGCUGACAGGUCUUGUAACCCACCCUGUAGUCAACCCCACUCAUAUUGUAGUGAGAUGAAGACCUGCCGCUGUGAAGAAGGGUACACGGAAGUCAUGUCCUCUAACAGCACCCUUGAGCAGUGCACACUUAUCCCUGUGGUGGUGAUUCCCACAGUGGAGGAUAAAAGAGGAGAUGUGAAAACCAGUCGGGCAGUUCACCCAACCCAACCCUCCAGUAACCCAGCAGGAAGGGGCAGGACAUGGUUUCUACAGCCAUUUGGGCCAGAUGGAAGAUUAAAGACCUGGGUUUAUGGUGUCGCAGCUGGGGCAUUUGUGCUGUUAGUCUUCAUUGUCUCCAUGAUUUAUCUAGCGUGCAAAAAGCCAAAGAAACCCCAAAGACGGCAGAACAACCGCCUCAAACCUUUAACCUUAGCAUAUGAUGGAGACGCUGAUAUGUAACAUUGACUUUUCCUGGACACAACCAGACUUGGCCUUUUCCCUUUAUAGUAGACAUCCAGAGGCCAGAGUGCCAGUAUUCAAAUGUGUGAGUUAUAAUUAACUUUAACUGUUAUAACACCAUCAUUUAGAAAAAGGAGAAAAUCCUACUCCCUCUGGGACUAUUCGAGACAGUACCACUGACAUGUAGAGUCGGCUCUGAGAAUUCUAAGAGAUGCAGUGAAGUGCAUGCUGUGUCCUGAGAGUUUUGUGGCAUCUUUUCUGAAAUCCACCCAAUUGUUGCAAAAAGAAAAAAAAAAA